AUGCACCGACCCCUCCCGUUUUCGAUUCUAUUUGGCAUUUCUAUUGGGCUGGCUACGGCCUUCAGUGUGAAUUACGGGGACCCAUCGCAAUGCGAUGAUUUCAAGGUUUCCUGGAGUGGAGGAAACGCUCCUUUCUCUCUUGUCCUUGUACCAUUAUACGGGACACCCCGCAAUGUUUCCAUUCCCGCUUCUGCAUACGACGGCUCGUCCGGAUCCUUUUCCACGCAGAUUCCAUUCGCCGAAAAUUCGCAAAUGCAAGCUGUGAUGUACGACUCGAGCGGCGUGCUCUCGGGCUCCCUGACUCAAGUAAAGCUAGUUGGCGGGAACACAAACGGGCAGAGCUGCAACGUUACAGACCCGCACCCGUAUUUCACGUACGCCUGGCCGGAUGGACAGAGCCCGGUACAGUGCCAACCGUUCGAAUUUUUCGCUUACGACAAUGCAACGCUCCCUAUCACGCUCACUAUCCUGCCAGCCGGGCAAGACCCGCAGGUCGUCCAGUCCAACACCACCCAGCAGCGAUUCGACUGGAUUGCCGAGAUCGCGGCAGGAACGUCCGUUGUAUUCAUGAUGACCGACGCGCAGGGCCACCAGGGCGGCGCCUCGGGCCUGCAGGUCAUCCAGCCCUCCUCCAAUUACACCUGCCUCAUAUACCCCACCACUUCUUCCUCUUCCACCAACCCCACCUCAACCUCUCCGUCUAACAAAUCUGGCCAAAACAACGGCGACGAGGAGCACACGAUAUCCGUCGGCACCAUCGCGGGCAUCGCCGUCGGCGGCGCGGUCGUCGCGCUCCUCGCAGCCGGUGCUGCCUUCUGCCUCUGGCGCCGCUGCCGCCCACGUCGCUCGCGCGUCGCCGUGCUCGACCUCAAGGAGCGCCCGAUGGUGGACAUGGACUUCCACAGGCCAAGUCGCGAGGACUACCACGUUGUCUCGCCCUUCACCGCGCUCCCGCUCUCCGACGCGGCCUAUCUGGCCGGGCGGCCGAGCCAUUCGCAGCAGAGCACCAGCGAGUGGUCGUCCGGCAAGAGCGCAGGCUACCCCCCGAGUCAUACCCCGCUCAGAUCGUCUAACGCUUCGCUGUUCUCCCCUGCACCUGGCGGCGCGUCGUCGUCGACGCGCGUGGUGGUGCACCAGGACUACGCGGACGCAGAUCCGGCUGAGGUAGUCGAGCUCCCGCCAGCGUAUCGCGAGGACCGUGAGCCGAUUCCUGGGCUGCCCGCGCCGAAUCCGCCACCAGUGGGCUCUGGGUCUUCACGUUCAGGUAAAAGGCGAUGA